AUGGAGGGAAAUCCAGAAACCGAACCCGCGCGCGGGCAUGAUUCCCUCGAGGGCGUGGGCGGCGACAAAUUGAACCAAGCCCAGACGCGAGACCAAGUGCAGGUCCGAAUCGACGCGGUUGAAGACGACCCGGCCAAGGCCCAUGUGCAGUCGUGGAUCAAGGACCAGAUCGAGACUCAGCCUCAGCAGCCUCCGCCCGAGCCUCAAAUCAUCGAAUCCGCGGCCGAUGAGGCCGAAGCCGACGGCGACGGAGAGGGUGACGAUGAGGUGCCCCGCGCCGGCGCCAACCCCAAUGAUGGUGCUGCAGCGACAGACACAACAGGCACAGGCGCACGCGCAGCGCCUACAGAACCCCCCGUCGCUGUGACUCCAACAGCUCCCGGGCGGACGCGGACUGGCCCCUCCACAGAAACCUCCACCUCCACCACCGCCGUUGGCCAUGGCCUCGUCCCUCAGUUUGUCGCUCCGUCAUCCUACCUCCGACCAAGGACUUCCAACCGGAGCGCAAUGGCGCCCACCGAGCCCAAGCCCCCGAGUCCGCUGGACAGAGACCAGUUGCAGGGUCUGAAUGCCAUUCGUGAUUUCCUCAAGGUCCGCACUAGCUACGAUGUCUUGCCUCUGUCGUUCCGCCUCAUCGUCCUCGAUACGGACCUACUCAUCAAGAAGAGCAUCGGCAUUCUGACCCAGAACUCUAUCGUAUCUGCUCCCCUAUGGGACUCCAAGAUCUCCCGCUUCGCCGGUAUCCUUACGAGCACCGACUUUAUCAAUCUGAUUCAAUACUACUGCCAGUUUCCCGACGAGAUUAGCAAGCUCGAUCAGUUCCGCUUGAGCAGUCUGCGAGAUAUUGAAAAGGCCAUCGGCGCAAUCCCUAUCGAGACCGUAUCGGUCCACCCCUCGAAGCCAUUGUUCGAAGCAUGCCGUCGCAUGCUCAAGACGCGCGCCCGGCGUAUUCCCCUCAUAGACGUCGACAGCGAGACGGGUAAGGAGAUGGUUAUCUCGGUCAUUACGCAGUACCGCAUCCUCAAGUUCAUUGCCGUCAACAACGAGCACAACACGGUCUUGCUGAAGAAGACGGUUCGCGAUAUCGGUCUGGGCACCUAUGGAGGAGGCAUUGUCACUGCCCGCAUGAGCAGCUCUGUGCUCCAAGUUGUCCACCUCAUGGUUGACCGCAACAUCAGCUGCAUCCCCAUCGUUGAUGCGGAAAACCGGGUGCUCAACGUAUUUGAGGCGGUUGAUGUGAUCCCCUGUGUCAAGAGCGGCAACUAUGACGACCUGGACGGCUCAGUGGGCGAGGCGCUAUGCAAGAGGUCGGAUGAUAGCCCUGGCAUCUACACGUGCAGCGAGCAGGACCGGCUAGACUCGAUCUUUGACACGAUCCGCAAGAGUAGAGUGCACCGUCUGAUCGUGGUGGACGACGACAACAAGCUCAAGGGCAUCAUCUCUCUGUCGGACAUUCUCAAGUAUGUGCUGCUGCACGGGGUGGAGGACACGACCAACUGGCUCUGA